AGAGAGAGAGAGAGAGAGGCUCGAGUUUACAAACUUUCCAUCGGGACACAAACUCCGUCAGCGUUACGGAGGAAUAACUCUCCAAACUCUCAAUGCGGGACAACAUCACAUACACUUUUAUAGCUUUAUGACAACUUUUUAAAGACUUUGAAUAACUUUUUUUAAGUAGACCGAAACUACUUUUUCCAAAGAAAAAAGAAAAGAAAAAAGAAGGAAAAAACAGGCCCAGGCAAAAAACUUCCUACAGAUUCCAGGAUUCUUUUAUAAUCGAGUAUUUUCAUACUCUUUUCGGGGUUUGCGCAUUUUAUAUCGAACAAAAUGAGCAGUAACCCUCUCCAGCCGUUACCGGGCCAGCAGGUGAUCCAUGUCGCCAAAGACCUCGACACGGAUCUGGAGGCUCUGUUUAACUCGGUGAUGAACCCCAAGCCCAGCAGCUCCUGGAGGAACAAGCAUCUGCCCGAGUCGUUUUUCAGAGAGCCGGACUCGGGCUCGCACUCCCGGCAGUCGAGCACGGACUCCGGCAGCCUCCCUCCGCGCUGCCCGGUGGCGCACGUCCGCUCGCACUCGUCCCCGGCGUCACUGCAGCUGCCCGCGGCCGCGCUGGGCGCUCCGAGCCCCGGGAGGCACCACUCUCACACCCGCCACCAGUCCUUCGAUGUGGCCGAGGAGCUGCCGCUGCCGCCCGGCUGGGAGAUGGCGUACACCCCCAGCGGACAGAAGUACUUCCUCAAUCACGUUGAGAAGAUCACUACUUGGCAUGACCCCAGGAAGACCAUGACACCCUCAGUAAACCAGAUGGGUCUGCACAAUCAAGCCUCCAACAACGGCAACAUACAGCAGCGCUCCAUGGCCCUCUCUCAACCCAACCUCGUGCUGAGCCAGCAGGCCCAUCAGCAGCACCUCCAGCAGCAGACGCAGCCGCAGCAGCAGGUCCCGGUCCAGGUCCAGGUCCAGGGUCCCCAGCAGCAGAGCUCUCAGCCCAUGAUGACCAUGAGCAGCCCCAUGAGCGCCCAGCAGCACCAGCAGAAGAUGAGACUCCAGCGCAUCCAGAUGGAGCGAGAACGCAUCCAGAGGAGACAGGAGGAGCUCCUCAGACAGGAGGUGGCGCUCCGGCAGCUGCCCAUGGACUCUGAUAAUAUGGCAGCAAACAUCAGCUCUCCACCAAUGACGCAGGGCAACAUGCCCAACAACAGCUCCGACCCCUUCCUCAACAGCGGGCCGUAUCACUCGCGGGAGCAGAGCACAGACAGUGGGCUGGGACUGGGCUGCUACAGCAUCCCCACCACUCCAGAGGACUUCCUCAACAGCAUGGAGGAGAUGGACACAGGUGAGAGCAUGGUGCCGGUCAGUAUGAGCGUCCCAGCGCAGAGCCGUUUCCCAGACUUCCUGGACUCCAUGCCUGGCACCAACGUGGACCUGGGCACCCUGGAGGGAGCCGACCUCAUGCCCAUCCUCAACGACGUGGAGUCGGUUCUGAACAAGAGCGAGCCCUUCCUCACUUGGCUCUAGACUCGCUCACACCACACUAAAGACUCUUUUAUAUAAAUACAUAUAUUAUAUUAUAUAUUCAAUCAGCCUCUUCCUCCAGUUUUAGGUGUCAGAUUUGUUCCCUCACUCCACCACGAGUCGAAGAACAAUACCAAAGUGUUUAGCCUGCGAACAAACGAACGAGCGAGCGCGCAUCAAUCGAAGCGUAGUGGAGGAAGACAAGUGUGUUUGUUCAGUAGAUUUAGUUCUGACUGUUUGUGUUCAGAACGAUCACUUUGAUAGCAGAAACAGCUCAAUAGUGUUUUGAUCUUGUUUAACAGGCACGCUUGUGUGUUUAACCCAGAGUUAGAGCUAGUCAAGCUUUAGCGGGUGAGUCUCACCUGUCUACAACGUAUGCAAGCUUAUUUCCGCCAAGGAAUAACAUUAUCAGAAAGUAGUCGUGACUUUUUUCACAAUUUAAACUUUUUCUUGCAAUUGUAAAUUUGUGUCUCGCAAUUCUGCAUGUAGUCAGGUGUCUGAAAGUGUAACUGAGAAUUUUGAGAAAACAACGCCAAAAUGCGAGAAUUAAACACCCAAUUGUAAUAAAUAAAAGAUAGCAUUGUUUACAAAAUGACAAUUCACAAUAUUGAUGUUUUUCUCAUAACUGAGAGUUUUCUUCGUAAUUUGGAUUUUUUUCUUAGAAUGGCACGUUUUCUCGUUCUCUUGACUUUCUCAGAAUUUGCAAAUUUACUUCUCAGAAUUCUGAUGUUUUUCUCAGAAUUGUGAGUUCACUUUGAAAAUUCUGAAUUUUGUUCUUAGAAUUGUGUUUAAUUCUCGUAUUUUGGACUUCUAUCAGAAUUGUGGGUUUAUAACUCGCGAUUUCAAGAUAUAAACUUGGAAAUUCCAAAUUAUAAGAAAUAUAUAUAUAUUUGGAUCAAUAACAACAAAUAAAUCCCUAAAGAAAGUUGAGCCAGUUUUUAUAGGACCAUUAGGAUAUUUUGAAUAUUAAUUAAGCACGUUAGAUAGCACAUUAAAACACUAAUGCGAGUCAUGACAGAGAAUAAGAAUUAAGAACAAACUCAACAGAACAAUCAAAAAAAAAAGUUUUUGUAUGACAGUAAUGCAAAUCGAGUUUUGUCUGUGUUUGUUUUUGAUUUGGAUGUUAUCAUUUCUCAAGGGUGUUUGAUAAUCAGAAGAUCACAGCGGUCCUUACGUUUUCAUGAGAUUCACCCUGCUUUUUCACUUUUUUGCCAAAUCAGUAGCACACGUGUGCCUGUCAAAGCUUUACAUUGUGACUUUAUAUCCAACAAGUUACUAUUUCAGACAUGUUUUACUCUUAUUCCAGUUUAGCUGUUGUGUGAAGCUCAUGAUGGCAUUUGUAGACAAGCGUUGUUUCAUAUCAUAUAUGUUUUUAUGUACUGCUACAGUAUUCCUAUUCUCUAUUCUGUGCUCUUGACAUCUGGUGCAUUGAAUUAGUUUGCAGUUUCGUAUUUAUCAAGAGCUAUGAACUUCUUUUUAAAUAGUUUUUAGAUCUGUUUUCCUUUUUUUCAGGAAUUUUUAAUGUUUUCGAAGCACUACGAAUAAUGCCAAUACUGAUCUAGUCCCUCGAUAUCUUCGGGGGAAUAUCUAUCUACAAGUAUUUUCUGAUACCAGAGAUAAUUUCGCCUUCAUUUGGAUGAUUUUUGGGGCAGACACUUGCUUUUUUUUCUUGAUUUUAGUACCCCGCCUGAAAUCCAGUUCAAUAUAUGAACAUAAAUAUGUUUUUUUUUCUACACAGGUCUAAUUUUUUUGUAUUGCAUGUUUGAUCUGUUUGAUAUUCAUAGCAUGGAGGGUGUAUAGACCCACUCCGCCGUGAUUUCUUUAUUGUUGAUGGUUAUGUUACAGAUGGGUUAUGAUGAAUUGGAGUGUGUUGGAUUUGUGGAUUGGGCAGGAGGGGUGUUUUUUAGUCGCUGUAGGUCAAACUGAGCUCAUGACGUCCUUCAUGAGGACCGAACGGUUAAGUAGCGGGUCAAAAAGAGCCGAUACCAGCUGUUCUCCAGCCCGAGUGACCUCAGAGACGUCCAACUCGAUGGCUUUCUUCAGUUUGGGACAACUAAGGUUGAGUUUCGGUGUCUUGAGUGACACUCAGAAAGAGGGACCUUUUAAUGAUUGAAACAAUUUUCUAUGAUAUAAACUGCUUUUCCAGAAACUAAAUCAUGCAAUAUCCCACGGAGUUGAAUAUAUGGCUUCAGAUACGUAAAAUGCUGAUUUUAUUUUGCUGUGAGAUGAAAUCUGGUGUGUCGUCUGAUGCCAGACUUAUGUAGCGCUCGACACUUCGGCAUGCUUUAGGUUUUGUAAGAUUGAAUGUUUGCUGGAAAGCUCAGAAAACAAACACAGAAAUAUGAUGGCGGUGAACUGUACGUGACAAUUGUGGUUGUAACCUCUAAGAAAUCUCUUAAAUUGUCAGUGAAAUCAAAAAGGAAAGAAUAAAAUGGUUUUAUCAGCA